CAGAUUAUAAGUUUCAUAGUAUAUUUUCAUCGACAUUUAAACAGUUAUUUUAGUGAAUACUUUUUUUACAGUCAGUAUCAAUUGUGUAUUUCACAUGAGAACCAAUCUCCGUUUGGCGCUUGCCUCCCCCCUCCACGUAACAUCACUGACAAAUAUGCUGGCUAGCGAGCUUUGUAUUGCUACAACAUUGUAGAGCUAUGCUACGCGUAUAAUGAGUAUUCGUACCGAUAUAUAUAUACACGAAGUGUUUGCUUUCAAGGGCUUUAAAUUGAUAAAAUAUAUGUCAUGAUUUAUAAACUAAUGGCCCACCGCAAGGCCUAUGCGUUGGAGAGGCCUCGCCCUGGAGUUAGUACUUAAGCGCACACAACUCUCUGCCGCCCAAUGAGAAACCGAUGAACUCUAUAUUCAUCAAAACUGUCAGUCACUGGUCAUAAAACUUGUAUAUUUUAUUUUUUAAAGCAUUUUAUUUGGCAAAAUGCCACUUCAUUAAAUGCAUUCAAGAAUAGGUUUAAUCUUGGUGUACAGCGAUGUCUAAAAGCGAGACCGAGGAGAUGAUAGAGAUCGAGAUCGAUGGACAGGAGAAACAGGAGUGUCUGGAGGAGGGGGUUGAGGAGCAGACCAUCACAUCAGCCGAUCUGAUCCAACAGGACAUCGACAUUAAUGAGCCAAUCGGUAACCUGAAGAAGCUCCUGGAGCCCCGUAUCCAGAUGCCAUUGGACGGAUAUGAGAUCUGUCUACAGGACAUUCAGCUACAUCCAGACCACAGCCUCUUUGAUCAGGGAGUGAAGACCGAUGGCACAGUGCAACUCAGCCUACAGAUCAUCACAAAGCCAGGCGAGGAGAAGCUGAACAUCCUGGAGAUUGUGAAGCCGGUGGAGACGGUGGAGGUGGUGAUCGACCCAGAUGCAGCGGGGGAAGAGGGCACCCUGAUGGAGGAGGAGGGCCAGCUGAUCUCAGUGGAGCGCUCUUCCCUGUCAGACGACACAUCAGAGCAGGUGACCCGCUGGGCUGCCGCACUGGAGGGCUACCGCAAGGAGCAGGUCCGCCUGGGGAUACCCUACGACCCAGUACAAUGGACGGCAGACCAGGUGAUCCACUGGGCAGUGUGGGUGAUGAAGGAGUUCAGCAUUGACGAGAUGGAGGUGGGUGGGAUUCACAUCCUGGGUUGCGACCUCUGCACUUUCACCCAGGACGAGUUCCUGCAGAGGGUCCCCAGUGGAGAGAUCCUCUGGAGCCACCUGGAGCUGCUUCGCAAGUAUGUGUUGGCCAGUCAGGACCAGUCUGGACAGGAGGCCACAGUCACCAUUGACCAACAGGUCCAGAUCAUCCCGGCUGCUGUGCCGACCUCGCACACCACCAUUAAGGUGCUGAAGCAGAGCCGCGGCCCCAAAACACCCCGCAUCUCCGGAGGAGAGGAACGCAGCUCACCUGGCAACCGCACAGGUAACAAUGGUCAGAUCCAACUAUGGCAGUUCCUGUUGGAGCUGUUGACUGAUAAGGAUGCUCGAGACUGUAUAUCCUGGGUGGGAGAGGAGGGAGAGUUCAAACUCAACCAGCCUGAACUGGUGGCCCAGAAAUGGGGCCACCGCAAGAACAAGCCGACCAUGAACUACGAGAAACUCAGCCGAGCACUCAGGUAUUACUAUGACGGGGACAUGAUCAGCAAGGUGCAGGGCAAGCGCUUUGUCUACAAGUUUGUGUGUGACCUGAGGACUCUGAUUGGCUACAGCGCUGCUGAGCUCAACAACCUGGUGACUGAGUGUGAGCAGAAAAAGCUGGCCCGCAUUCAGUUGCACGGAAUUGGCCAGCCCAUCACCACUGUGUACGCCUCCGCACAGGACAGCUGAGGGGGAGGAGCCUGGGGCUCUUUGAUAAGGGUAGAAGUUGCCCAUAGGCACAGAUCUAGGAUCAGACUACUAUGACCAGCCCUACUAAGCUUAACCAUUAGAAGGUGGAAAUAAUAAACUGACCUUAACUGUCUAUGGGCAACUUCAUCCUACUCCUUUGGGUUUGAUUGGAGACAGGGCUGAGGCAGGAUGGGGAGGUUGUUUUCUUAUUUUAUUUUAACCAGGGCGGGAGAGUGUCUGUGGAUAUUGUGUGUGUGCCUCGGUGUGUGUGCAUGAGCGUUUGAAUGAAGGAGUGUCUGGAUAUUGUGUGUGUGUGCCUCAGUGUGUGUGCAUGAGCGUUUGAAUGAAGGAGUGUCUGGAUAUUGUGUGUGCCUCAGUGUGUGUGCAUAAGCGUUUGAGUGAAGGAGUGUCUGGAUAUUGUGUGUGCCUCAGUGUGUGUGCAUGAGCGUUUGAGUGCAUGAGCGUUUGAGUGAAGGAGUGUCUGUGCUUGAAAUAUGAGCUUUGCAUUUUUUUUUGUUCCUUUAUCUGUAGCUUAGUAUCCUUUCCAUUGUAUAUACCGGUUCUCCAUGUUUUUGAUAGCCACAAGGACAGUGUAUUUUCAUAUUUUCCAUUUAUAAAUGAUCUGUUUUGUAUUUUAUUUUGAGUGUCUUUUUCCCUGAUGAGCUGGACGUUUUCUGUCCUCCAGGGGGAUUAAAGUUUCAAGUUUUUUC